AUGACUUCCAUCUCAAGCCUUCUGAACGAGCCAAUACCGAAAGCUCCUCAGUCUUCGCCUGUGAUCGCGACCACAGACAAGAAGCCCGCAAAAAGUCUGGACACAAAUGCCUUCUCGGACACAAGUCUACCCGACAGGGUCGUAUGGUUACAAUUGGAGUUGGCAUUCCUGAAACAGCAGAUGGAAAGUCUGGAGCGCAAUAUUGCCUUGCUUCUGUCACCUGGCGACACCAAGGAACGAAGCUGGCAGUCAAAGCAUGACGAAACCGGCAAUGGUCACAAGUGGACUUCAAUCAAUAGCGAACUCGAGGACUACGAGCUGGAUGAUUUCAUGGAAGAAUUUGUGAACGACGGUUAUGAUGGGUGCUUGUAG